GGCCCUCAAGAAGGGUUGAAGGAAGCUGACAGGAUCACAACAUUGCCAGGACAGCCAAAUGCAGUAAAUUUUGAUCAGUAUUCAGGGUAUGUCACAGUUGAUCCUAAAGCUGGUCGAGCUCUCUUUUACUAUUUUGCCGAAUCCCAAAACUCUUCGGCCAAGCCUCUGGUUUUGUGGCUAAAUGGAGGACCUGGAUGCUCCUCAAUUGGAGCUGGAGCAAUGACUGAAUUGGGACCUUUCCGAGUUAAUAAAGAUGGGAGCACCCUCUGGCUUAAUCCAUAUGCCUGGAACACUGUGGCAAACGUACUCUUCUUGGAAUCUCCAGCUGGUGUUGGAUUUUCUUACUCCAACACAUCCUCAGAUUACAUUACCGGAGAUACAAAAACUGCAGCAGAUUCCUAUACAUUUCUAGUCAACUGGCUGGAAAGGUUCCCUGAGUACAAAACCAGAGACUUCUUGAUAACUGGAGAAAGCUAUGCUGGUCAUUACGUGCCUCAGCUUGCUCAACUGAUUCUCCAUAACAAUGAGAUAACGAACCAAACUGUCAUUAACUUGAAAGGAAUUGCUAUUGGGAAUCCAUACGUUGAUAUUGAAACACAAGGCAGUGGGACUUAUGAUUAUUACUGGACCCAUGCUCUGAUAUCUGAUGAAAUUCAUCAGGGUAUAUUUUCCAAUUGCAAUUUUUCUUCAGGAAAUACAUCAGAUGCUUGUCAGACAUACGAGGACCAAGCAGAUUCAGCUAUAGGCAAUAUUGAUUAUUACAAUAUCUAUGCUCCCUUGUGUUCUUCUUCUUCAAAUACUCCUACUACGAUAUCAGAGUUCGAUCCUUGCUCGGAUCAUUAUGUAUACACUUAUCUAAAUACUCCUCAAGUGCAAAAGUCACUUCAUGCUAACACCACUGUCAUCCCAGGACCAUGGGAUCCCUGCAAUGACUACAUACACCUUAAUUGGGAUGACGAACCAGAUACAGUUUUACCUACCAUCAAGGAAUUGACUGAGAGUGGCAUUAGCGUUUGGAUCUAUAGUGGAGACACAGACAGUGUAUGUUCUGUAACAACAACUAAGUUUGCCUUAAACAAACUCGGAUUAUCGGUGAAAACUCCUUGGUAUGCUUGGUACACCCAAGGCGAGGUUGGUGGUUAUGCAGUGGAAUAUGAAAACCUGACCUUUGUGACAGUGAGGGGAGCUGGACAUUUUGUUCCUAGCUAUCAGCCUUCUCGUGCACUCACUUUAUUCUCAUCCUUCUUGGCCGGAAAGCUUCCACCUUCCAACUAG